AUGUGCUUUACGUACCGUAUCCUCGAGCCGUUUGACUUGAACAUCAAUCAGUCAAUGUUCUCUCCUGCACUGGAGAACGCCACCUCCAAGGCCCAAGUCGAAUUCUCCUCGGUCUAUGUGCUACAAUCUACCCAGCCCGAGACCGUUGACAUCCUCAAACACGGUCCCGACUCCGACCUCGACUCCUCCGACGAUGAGUUCUUCGACGCUGAUAUUUGGGAGCAAGAAGACGCCCAUAACGACCCCGACAUCGCCACCAGAGCCGCAGACCACAUCAACACCGACAAUACCUCAGACAGCAACGAUCAUCCACUCGCCGGGCUACACUCCCAGCGCCUGGCCAAGAGCGACUGGACCGCACAUUCCUUCAUCGACAAAUGCGACCGCAUCGACAUUUGGUCGCGACACACGGAGUGUUCUCUGACCCAGUGCACCUGGUGUAUCUUCCAAGAGGACUGUGGUUGGCCCAAGCCAGACACUGACCCUUUGGUGCCGGAGCUGAGACUGACCACGCCGGAGGGGGCAGAUUGUUGGUUGGAUGAUCCGACCGACUAUGAGGCGCUGCCUUGGGAGAAGGAGGUUGCGGAAGUGCGAAAGGGUAUUCUUAAUGUCAUUUCGUAG